ACACCCGCGGGAGGGAGCGGGGCGGAGGCCGUGGCGAAAGUGCGGAGCGGGGCGCGCAGGCGCGGUGUUCGCAGCCGGCUCGGCCCGGGCAGGAACAAAGGAGCGGCGCUGCGGAGCGAAACACGAAUGUAACGUCAGGUGGCUGAAAAUUUGCCUGUCAAAAUGUCAAAAAGGCCAUCUUAUGCUCCACCUCCUACCCCAGCUCCUGCAACCCAAAUGCCCAGCACACCAGGGUUUGUGGGAUACAAUCCAUACAGCCAUCUGGCCUACAACAACUACAGGCUGGGAGGGAACCCGGGCACCAACAGCCGGGUCACGGCUUCCUCUGGUAUUACCAUCCCAAAGCCCCCAAAGCCCCCAGACAAGCCCCUGAUGCCCUACAUGAGGUACAGCCGGAAGGUCUGGGACCAAGUGAAGGCGUCCAAUCCUGAUUUGAAGUUAUGGGAAAUUGGCAAGAUUAUUGGAGGAAUGUGGCGAGAUCUCACUGAUGAAGAGAAGCAAGAGUAUUUGAAUGAAUAUGAAGCUGAAAAGAUUGAGUACAAUGAGUCCAUGAAGGCCUACCACAACUCUCCUGCGUACCUUGCCUACAUCAAUGCAAAAAGUCGUGCUGAGGCUGCGUUAGAAGAAGAAAGCCGACAACGGCAGUCACGCAUGGAGAAGGGUGAACCUUACAUGAGCAUACAGCCAGCAGAAGAUCCAGACGAUUACGACGAUGGGUUUUCGAUGAAGCACACAGCUACAGCCCGCUUCCAAAGAAACCAUCGCCUCAUCAGUGAGAUCCUGAGCGAAAGUGUGGUUCCUGACGUCCGCUCUGUUGUCACCACAGCCAGAAUGCAAGUUCUUAAACGCCAGGUUCAGUCUUUAAUGGUUCACCAGCGUAAACUGGAAGCUGAGCUGCUGCAAAUUGAAGAGCGUCACCAGGAGAAGAAGAGGAAGUUCUUGGAAAGCACAGAUUCCUUUAACAAUGAGCUCAAAAGGCUGUGCAGUUUGAAGGUGGAAGUGGAUAUGGAAAAAAUCGCAGCUGAAAUUGCUCAGGCUGAGGAACAGGCACGCAAGAGGCAGGAGGAAAGGGAAAAGGAAGCAGCUGAGCAAGCUGAGCGCAGUCAGAAUAACACAGCAGCUGAGGAAGAGCCGGCAGCCAACAAAAUGGAGGAGAAGAAGGAAGAGGAGAGCGCUCCGAUGGAGACAGAAGAGCCUCACCCAGAGGAGAGCACAGAAAACCAGCAGAACGGUGAAGAAGGAACAUCUACCCCUGAUGAUAAGGAGAGCGGCCAAGAGGGGGCUGACAGCACCGCAGAGGAAGGGACCAGUGACAGCAACACUGGUUCAGAGAGCAACAGUGCAACAGUGGAAGAGCCUCCUGCAGACCCCAACACUGAGGAGAGUGAGAAGAAAGAAUAAACAGUGACCUGUUUCACGUGUGUUUUUAAUGAAGUACUGGUUUGAUUUCAGAAUGUGCUCAGCAGCUUUUGUAUCUUUCUUGCCUGGCACCACGUGUCUCCCAGUGAUGCUGGGUUUUGGUGGUAACAGCUGUUAUCAGCAUAGUGACCAAAAGGGCGUUUCAGAGACAAAGGAGAUCUGAAAACAGAAAACAUCUCACACAUAAAGGUGAUGUGUGAUGCGUACUGAGAUUAUUGUUUGGAAUUUCUCCCCCAGAAUGAUAGCACUAGUUUUGUUCUCAAUAGCAAAGUCAGGAUUGCUCCCCAUUUUCUGAUUGAAUUGUCACAGUGAACAGCAGUUUUCCUUCAGAUCCCUUGUUUUCCUGUGGCUGAAGGAGAUGGAGAUGUGUAUCACCUGUGUGUACCUCCUGUUUAUUGCCACCUUCUGGGCAAUAACCCUUCAGCAGGGAGGGAAACUUGCUGUGCUCUACAUGCAGCAGAUCCAGAGAUGCAUUCCCCACUGACAGAGUGCCAUUAUCCUGAAUUAAGAGGCAUUGUAUCCUAAGGAUUUUCUCUGUGAUACGGGGUUACUUACAGCAGCCUUUGCUUUUCUCCACUGUAUAACUCUUUAUUUGCUACUUCAUGUCCUAAUAGGACCUCAGCCAAAGGUCUGGCAAAGCACCCAGCAGGGGAAUGCUUCAUUGUGUUACUGUGAUGGUGACAGCACAGUGACAAGCAGCAGCGCUGCAAAAAAAACCCUAUAAAAACUACUGAAAAUGCCCCAUUUUGUCCUGUGUAAGCAGGAGCCCAAUGCACAGAACCACAGAUACGAACCAUUUGUGUUUCCAGCUACAAGAGGCGUCGUGCUGCGGUAACUGGAAUGUUCUGCUGGAGCAGUGGGUGCGUGAGAUGGCCGUGGGUUGGACAUCCCUGCUGUUUUCUGAAUGGUCUGAAAAGAAUAAAAUCCAACGUGCUUUUUUUAAACAA